AUGGACGAUCAAUAUCCGCAGAGUGUGGAGGAUGCGAAGGAACAUAUCAAAACGAUUCGGCGCGAAAAAGGUCUGGAUGGCCCAGCAAACAACACAUCCGACCUCGAGUCUGCGCUGAAAAUCCUCUCGGAGCAGCUGUACCAAAAGUCGACGCACUUUCUCUUGGAACUAGUUCAGAAUGCCGACGAUAACUUCUACCCGCCCGGAAGCUCGCCCAGUCUAGCUUUGCGGUACGAGAACCGGCAUCUGCUAAUCUCUUGUAACGAGCGUGGCUUCUCCAGGAAUAAUGUCGAGGCCAUCUGCAGGGUUGGGCGGAGCACAAAGUCAGGCGUAGAUAAGGCGACGAGGUAUAUCGGGGAGAAGGGAAUUGGUUUCAAAUCCGUUUUCAAGGUAUCGGACGUCGUGUGGAUUAAGUCGGGCCAUUAUUCGUUUAAGUUCGAGAAAUCGAGAGACUUGGGAAUGAUCGCUCCCAUUUGGGCGGAUCUUCCUGCCACCGCACAGCAGUCUCUGAGAGGAAACACUACCACCAUCUACCUUCAGCUGUCGCAGGAUUAUGAUGUGAGCGAACUAAUUACGGAGAUCAAGUCUUUCGAUGCUCGCCUCUUGAUCUUUCUGCGUCAACUCAAGAGGCUAGACUUGGCCGUCCGCAGCAAGGAUGGCACCAAUUGGUCAACGGCCAUUGCGAAGCACGACGAAGCUGGGGGAAGUCGGAUCACAUUGCAGUUGGGAAAGGCGAGCUUGAGAUACAUCAUCUUUCGGUACACGGCAACCCACCUCCCCCCAGACGACAAACGGCCUGGAGUGACCGAGUCGGAGCUCAUGCUUGGGUUCCCUGUCUCGGAGAGCGAGACGCCAGUACUGACACCCCAGUAUGUGCAUGCUUUCUUGCCUAUUCGUGAUUAUGGCUUCAAGUUUCUGAUUCAGGGGGACUUUCUUCUUAUUGCCAGCCGAGAAGACAUAGAUGAUUACUGCCGCUGGAACCGGUCUCUCCGAGGCGCGCUCCCCACUGCCAUUCUAGAAGCAGUCAACCAGUUCAACAGGGGGCCGAUGCGGUACACGUGGCCUCGGUUCUUUCAGGUGCGCCCUCAAAUGAGGGACUUCUUUGCCGCACUCGAGGACGACAUUGCUACACUCUUGUCCACUCGUCCCAUUCUCCAAGCCGUUUCAGGCCAAUGGCAUCAGCCUGGAGAGUUGGUCAAAGUCCCUCCUCAGUUUCUAAGCUGGGAUGGCGUGCCUUUCACGGCAUGCGAGAGCAUCGAUAAUAAGUACCUCUCACCAGGGUAUUCCGAAGAGGACUGGCCACUUCUCAGUCGCCUUGGCGUGCGACGGCUGUCUAGCAAGGAGUUCAUUGAGCAUCUCGGAGUUCUUCUCGAGAAGUAUUCCAUAAGUUUCAGGCAGAAACCAGGACCAUGGCACUCCGCUUUAUCUCAAGCUCUGACUUCUCUCAUCCUCGGAGAUGCGACUGGUGAGUCUCACAGAGUAGCUAUCUCGAGAAUGGAUAUCGUGCCACUCAGAGAUGGCCGAUGGGUGUCCGCAAAGACCGGCUCCCUGGUCCUACCGAGCAGAGAUGCCGCCGUCAUUAUCCCACCCGGUGUUGGCGUUCUGGAAGUACACCCCGACGCUUUUAAGGACUCUGAUCGCCGCCAGCUUCUUGUCCACCUUGGUGCAAGCCGUCUCACCGUGAGGCAGGUCUGCGAGGAGAUCGUGAAGGCUCACUCGAGCGAGACUUUCCGUCCUCAGGAUCUACACUUGAAGGAUCUAGUGGCACACGCAACCUAUCUCUAUCGCCAUAAUUGGAGCGAUCCAAGUCGCCGGAACAUAUAUUUCGUCGCCGACAACGGCACCUCUUCCACGGGUCCGGAACUGUAUGUAGAGUCCGAAGGCCUAUUCAGCGCCUCAAAGUGGGCGCCACUGAAGGGCCGAAUUCGUUUCCUGCAUGAUGACUACUUCUCGGAAUUCCCUUGGGGCUCGGCGGAUCGGCAAGCCUUCAUCGACUGGCUCACCUCAACCUUCCACCUGAAUACAUGCCCCCGUAUCGCAAAGGUGCGCAGCCAGAGCUUCCGCCUGAGCGAUGAGUUCCGACUGCUCAUCCGCACAGCGCCUUCCAUCCAGAUCCUCGAACUCCUGCGCCAUGAAUGGAGGGACUACGAGCAGUGGGUCGACAAGAAAGUGGCGCGAAACAUGAGCAGCGAGUGGAUGACCUCAAUCGCAAGCGUGGUCGAAGAGUUGAGCCAAAUGAAAGUGCCGUGUCAAGGAGGGGGCUAUGCGGCGUUGAAGGACACGACUCUACCCCUACGCGAGAUUAUUGAUGCGUACGGCCGUGAACUUGCUCUCCUCGACUUGGAAGACCCGGAUUCAGCAGACUGGAAGUUCUUGCGGAUCUUUGGCGUCACGGUUACGCUGGGAACCGGUGUAUUAUUGCGGCAACUGCGUAAUAUGCGGCGCCGGCAAGAUGUCGAUUUCACCAAGGUCCGUAGCAUCUAUGCCGAGCUUCAAUCUCGCGCCGCAUCCGACGGCUCCACGAUAUUACCAAGUUUCGUCAAGGAACCUUUGAUAUAUUUGCCUUUCUACUCUAUCCAAGGCGGUGGAAUGUGGGUCCCCAUUGGAGCGUGUGUCUGGGACGGGCAUCCAUGUCUGCGUAAGAUCGCACGCCUCCAACCACACUACGGCGGCCUCCACCACUUCUUCCGACGAACGCUCAAUCUCAAGGAGGGCAGUGUCGACACAUUGGUAGCUGAAGCAUCCAUGAUCUCGGCUGGGGAUAGCUUAUCCUACAUUGCAAGCAUUCUCAUCGCACUGUCUGCAUCCAUCCGUAGCGGACUGACCGGAGGUGCCCUUUCAGAUAUCAAGAGGCUCAGCACGGCGAGAAUCUUCCCCGUGGACUCCAGAGGUGACAUAAAUAGCUUUGAUAGUCUACAGUCGGCCGGUUCCAAGGACUUUUGGCUAAUUGCCGAUCGGCCGCACCUGAGGAAAUGUUUUGGGGGACGAGUCAGCCUUCUGGCUUUCGACCCAAAAGACAUAGGCCUCAUGUCUGAUCUUUUCGCUCACUUCACUAUGAAUUAUCGGCUUUUGUCGUCCGUGGCAUCCGGCCUAGCGUUGGUUGAAGGAAGCUCUUCUUUGCACCCGAAGUACACGAAUAACCUGAGGUCAAAGGCAUAUCUAUUGGCUAGCUUGGCGCCUAAGAGUGGUGGAAUUGGCAGGUCCGCUCUCAGCUCUUUGCUCCGAUCCGUCGACGUAUAUGAAGCAGAUCGGGUCGUCAUCAAAUGGACGGUAAAGGGGGCUUAUGGGCAGACUAUUACUGGUGCUGUUGAUUCAGGAAGAGUCAAACUGACACAGGAAAGCUCCCGCUUGUCAAUAUACUUAACAAAGGAAGACGUCGAGUCCCCGUGCCCUUCUCUCGAACUCGUCGAGGAAUUGCAAAAGUUCUGCGGCAUGCAAGGCUCAGAAACGAGUGCCGUUGUGCAGCAGAUCCUCAUGAACCCUGACAUUAAAGCUCUUACGGAAACGCUGGAACGACGAGGGAUCACAGUUGAGUCCAGCGACGACGAUACAGCGGGUGGUGAUGAAGCUUGGAAAGUGCCGCUCGACUAUUCCAAGACCUUGAAACACACAGAGGUCGGAAACUGGCCGCAACCAACGGGGGAUAUGAAUAAGGACGGCUCAAACACGUUGGGCGACUUCAUCCGCGACAUCGAGUCCGCUGCUUCUGUCCAGAACACAAUGGAGAAGGAAUGGGGUUCCAAAGACAUGAAUACCAACCCGCUGCUAUCGUCUGCCUGCCGAGCUGACCGGGUUAACGCUGCAGUCUUCCUCCCCCGAAAAGCCGUCAAGGAAAUGAGGAACAUGGCCAGUGGGCCCCCAGACCGAAGGGCUAAAUGGUCCUUCCACACCGGCGGAGGCUACCUCAAGAUGCUCGAGAACCGGCACGCCAGCAUUAAUCCCGUAUUCCCGGCCAUAUAUGUACCUUCCAAGCUUGGAGACGACAAUGUAUAUAUUCUCGAGACGGCCAUGAAUCCGACGAGCCCGGAGGUGGCAUUUCUUGGGGAACUCAUGUUUUCGAGAUUUCUCGAAAUGAAUAUAGGAGAGUCAUACUCGCCGGCGAAUAACUGGACGAGUAUCUUGCGCUCCAGGGCGGGUCACCCACCGUAUACGUACAGUUAUAAGGCUAUGGGUUGUCCGACGACUUUUACCAUAAACGACAAAACUGGCCGUUUGCUAGAGUUUCUUCGCUCAGCCGGGUAUGCCAAAGCGUCAACGUGGAAAAGUGGGAUUAAAUUCCACGUCGAAGUGAGUACAAGCGAGGGGGUCCUGGAUGAUUCACAAUUCUUCCUGGCGAGUGAGAUCUUGAUGAAGGCUCAUAUAUUGGCGGUACGGCGAAAGGACUCGUCCUGUCCUAAUGAAGUCUUUAUCCUUGCCCGGAUCUCAAAUGCGAAGGAGGAUCCCGAAAUCACCCUUUUUGUCGACCUAGGCCGGUUGAUGGCCAAGGGACAUGUUGUCACGACAGACAUUACCUGCCAGCAACUGCGCUUUGUCGAUACCUCAAUGGGGAUCAAGGUCAAGGACCAUCGUGCCUCAUCAAAGCCCCUCGUGAACGGAAGUCAACAUUGGUGGAGGCGCCGCAGCCGCUUGGGCGUCAGUGAUGGUACCUGGUCGUCCAUGGUGUAUUACCAAUACAAGCCCCUGAAAGGGUUUCGUGACAUUAGGCUGGUGGAGAUCGCCCCCGGAAAGGAGGACGAAGUUUUGCGGGGUCAGAUGAAGCACACUUCGAUAGAUCUGGCAGGAAGGUACCAUGCCCUCUCUUACGAAUGGGGAUCUAGCCUCAAGCCCUAUCACAUCAAGACAUCGGACGGCCUAAUUGCUUUGACCGGGUCGCUAUACAAUGCUCUCCGCGAACUCCGAGAUACAAAGGAAACACUUGUCGUGUGGGCGGACGCAAUCUGCAUCGACCAAGAAAACGACUACGAAAAGGUCCUCCAGCUCCGUCUCAUGGGAGAAAUCUUCCAAACUGCCGAAAGUGUUUCUGCAUGGCUCGGCGAAGAAGCAGACGGCAGCGACCAAGCCAUCACGACCUUGCUGCAGAUCAGAACACUCUCUGUAAACCCCAAGACGUGGCCGGAAAUGUUGGCCAAGGUGCCGCCCUCGUGGGAAGGUCAGCGGUGUCCACGCAAGGACGACGAUGUGUGGGAGAAGAUUGACUGUCUUCUCGAGCGCGGUUUCUUCAGCCGCGUUUGGAUCCUCCAGGAAGUAGUCUUUGCCUCCAAGAUCACCGUCCACUGCGGCCGGUGGUCGUUCGACUGGGAGGAUAUCUUUGAAGCCAUCAAAAUCUGUACGGAGGAGAACACGCGCCAUUUAGAAGCCCAGGUGCAGUCCCGCAAUAAGCAAAUACCUAUCGCGGCAUACACGCUCGGCAUCACCCGCGAGAUCUACAGACACCAAACCCACCGCGGCCAGGCGGUCGACAGGAGAUUCAGUCUCCUCCAGCUUCUCGAGCUCUUCGCGUACACCAGCGCGACCCGCGAACGCGAUAAGAUCUUCGCCCUUCUACUACUCGCCUCAGACGGGCAGGACCCCGAGUUCGAGCCAGACUACUCGUCCUCGUGGGAGAAGGUUGUGCGGCGCUACGCAAACGUCUUCGUUCAGCGCGGUGCGGCGCGUGAUCUUCUCUACCGGGGCGGCACCGCCAAGUCUUUUAAAUUUUGCUCCUGGAUCCCGGACUGGAUCCGAGGUGAGGCUCCAACGACGAUAUCGACGUGGCACAGCACCAAAGGGUCCUUUUCUGCCUCGGGAGCUUCGACUCUGUCGGCUGAAGUGUCUUCGAAGAACGAUAGGCUCCUGGUUGUGCGCGGGUCCAUUGUCGAUCGUAUUGCCAAGGUUGGCGACGUCACGUUGGAGGACCACGACGUGGUUGCGUACGUCAACUACCUCCGCAAGGAAAUCGACAAGCUAGGCUCCUAUCCCACCGGAGAAUCCCUUGAUGAGCUCAAGUUCUCCAUACCGAUAGGCCAGUCAAGCCGACCGCAUCUCGACCCUCUUGCCGGUGCGAUGACGACCUUCCAGGCGCUCAAGAAUCACCAGAGCUACGGAAAGCUGCCAAAUGAAGAUGCAGGCGGCGGCCGGGUACAGGGCGAAGGGAACGAGGACACUUUCGACCCUACCGGUGCCAGGCUGGACAUCAAAUCCAUCCAGCACCUCAUCGACUUUCUCAAGCAGCCGCAGAAUCUGAGGGAUAGCGUCUGGAAAUACUGGCACACGGCGGCGGCCUUCUCGAAGAGGCUUUCCGUCGCCAGAUUUUGUACGACGGAGAAGGGCUACGCCGGGUUGGUUCCUGGGGACGCGAAGAUCGGCGAUGAAGUAUUUAUCGCCAACGGUACGGCCGUGCCGUUCUUGGUGAGACACGACGACGGGAAGGGGAGGAAGGAAUGGAAGAAGCUGGUGGGCGAGUGCUAUGUUCAUGGAAUCAUGUUUGGGGAGGCGUUGGCGAAAGGGGAUGCUAAGGAUGGGGACAUUUGUUUGGUUUGA